GGGAGAGAACUCUAUUAUUUGUGUCUUGCAACAUGUGUGGAAUAUGUUGUGUGUUCCAAAAGGGGAACGAAACCACUUUAAAAUGCAUCACAGAAAGUUCCUGUAUACAGAAUCGUGGCCCUGACUACAGAGGGAGCCAUGUUGUCAGUGUUUCCAGUGACCGAUCUCUUGUUUUUGGUGGCUUUGUUCUUCACCUGCGAGGAAGUGCUACGCCUCAACCAGUCACAGAUGAAACGGGCAAUACCCUUCUCUGGAAUGGAGAGGUCUUUGGAGGAAUGGAAAUGGGGAAGGAGGAGAACGACACCCAGGCUUUGUUUGAUCACCUGACCCAGACUGCUGAUACCCAGGACAUCCUGACCCUGAUGGCUGGCCUCCAGGGACCCUGGUCCUUCAUCUUCUGGCAGGCCUCCGAGAGCAAGCUGUGGUUUGGCCGUGAUGUGUUUGGACGUCGGAGUCUGUUGUGGCAUCUCCCUGACAAUGACAAUGAUGCGUUUGUUUUGUCAUCUGUACAGAUUCACCCGCAUCACUACCAGGAAAUGCCAUCUUUGGGUGUGUACUGCCUAGACCUGAGUGUACCCAAGACUUGUUCAGAUGGAGAUGAUGCAACUCCCAUCCCCUUGUUGACAGUGUUUCCAUGGAAACAAGGAACGUGGCCUGGAACUAUGGAGCCAGUCAUUGCUGAUAAUUUCACAGAAAAACUGUAUCCCACACCUACAUAUUUUGAUGUAAAAUUGGAUUCUGAAUUACAUCUGCAUUCAUGGAUGCCAACACUUAAUAUGGAGUUACCUCCCCUGGACACGAAUUAUCUCCCCUUGAGGAGAGUGCCAAACAGUGUUAUCAGGACUACAUGGGACAUGUCCUUGACAACAGCGAGGUCAAAAAAAGCUGUAGAACAGUUAAUGGAUGUGUUACUCAAGUCUGUUCAAAAACGAGUGUAUAACCUGCCCCGACCUAGAUGUAUCACAGAUUUAUCAGAUGGGAGUAAACAAGCCAUUGAGCAGGGUGUCGAGAGGCUGAACCUGUGUGAGGUGAGAGAUGGAGAGGCUGAUGGACAAAGACUGGUUGAAGGUGGAAACACUUCAGGGGAAAGAGCCAAAGUGGCCAUUUUGUUUUCAGGUGGAGUAGAUUCCACAGUGCUAGCAGCUCUGGCUGACAGGUGUUUGCCUCCUGAUGAAAGUAUCGACCUCAUUAAUGUAGCAUUUGAGCAAGUACCCAAGCAGCCACCUGCCUCCAAGAAGGGCAAACAGAAAGGUGGACCAGUGCCUGAUAUACCUCUAGACAGGUUCAGUGUCCCUGAUCGACAAACAGGAUAUGUUGCUCUCUCAGAACUGAACCCAAGCAGGAAGUGGAACUUUGUAGAGGUGAAUGUUACCCAGUCUGAGUUGCAGAAAUUCCGAAGUCAACAUGUCCGCCACCUUCUGUACCCGUUGACCUCAGUGCUAGAUGACAGUAUCGGCUGUGCGGUGUGGUUCGCUGCCCGAGGGCAGGGCAUUCUGGGAAAUGGAGAAUGUCAAGGUCAAGAAUACAGAUCUGAUGCCAAGGUCAUCCUGUGUGGUAUGGGAGCUGAUGAACAGUUGGUGGGCUACUCCAGACACAGAGUGCGCUUCAGGGAUCACGGUUGGCAUGGCAUCAUCAAUGAGGUGGACAUGGAAAUGAAGAGAAUCUCGGCUCGCAACCUGGGCAGGGAUGACAGAAUCAUUGGUGACCAUGGGAGAGAAUCUCGCUUUCCCUUUCUUGACGAAGAUGUGGUGGCGUAUAUUGCUGGACUUCCGAUGCAUUUGAAGGCUGAUCUGUCCCUGCCCCGUGGUGUUGGGGAGAAGCUGCUUCUUCGACUGCUGGCUCUCAGACUUGGACUAUGCUCCACAGCAGUACUACCAAAACGAGCCAUCCAGUUCGGAUCUAGGAUCGCUAAAUUGGAGAACAGCAAAGAGAAGGCCUCUGACGUUUGUGAUAGACUGAAGAAUACUCUUAAGGCUGAUUGUGCCACAGGUUCAGGCUGCAUCGGGGAUAUGGCUAAAUCUCAGAUGUUGACUGACAAACAUUGAACAUAUUUUACUUCGUCAAACACAGUACAGUUAUCCCCAUUCUAAUUCAACUCGUUUUUCGUUAAAGAAAUUCAUUAUUUAA